GCUGCCGCCGCCGCCGCCGGCAGCAGCAGCGCGGAGCGCCCGGAGGAGCCGCCCCCAGCCGGCGGGGUGCGCGGGGCUGCGCGGGCGGGCGGGCGGGCGGGCAGCGGCGCCGCGGCCGCGGUCCCCAUCGGCACCAGUCACACCGCACACACGCCCCGUCCGCGCCCCUCUUCGGCAGCGCCAGGGGCUCUUCCUCCGCCGAUACAAAGCUGCUCGGGAAAUGGCAGCAGUCAAAAGCAAUUUUCCUUCUUUAUUUUUAUUUUCGUUUUUUAAUUAAUUUUUUUGCGCUCUUUCUUGUGAAAAAGAAUUAAUUUCCUAAAUACAUACAUUUUUUAAAAUUUUUUUAAAAUUUUUUGGGUGUGUGCGUGCGUGUGUGUGGAAGCACCGGGUUCCUGCGAUCGGUGUCUGAAUGAAACUACGUAAAUGCAUAUGUCUGUACGUUGCACUGGAGGGAAAAACAGAGCACUUCUGCGAGAGCUUGGAUUCAAAUGUGGUUCAUCUGGUCUCCAGGAUUUUCCGUCUCUUUGGGGUUGUUCGCCUUCUCGGUCUGCGAGGCGGGAUUUUCUGAGCUUUGACACAUCUUUGGAGAUGUCUGUUAAACAGGAGUCUGGGAAAAAACAUUUGAAAUCGUAGAAUUUUAUUUUUUUUUUGCCCCUUUCCCAUCCCCUUGUUGACUUGAAGCAUCAAAGCAACCAGAACUUCACGCUUCUGAAGACUUGUGAUGUUUGGAUUUUAUUGUUGCUAUUUUUCUUUUAGAGGAAACUUGACAGAGGAACAUAUUUAUAGUCCAAGUAAGUACUUUACAGAGGAAAUUUAGUUUGUGUAACAAAAAAACCCAAAACCUAAUGUUGAGGUUUCUAGCAUAAAGUGCAUUGGAUUAACAUCCAUCCAAGGCUGCUUUAGCAAAUUGUGUUGAAUUGCAGUUUUUGCAGUGUGUGUUCGUCCGCUCCUUCGUGUCCGUGGUAGUCCAGCACCUAGGGGAGAAUGCACCUGAUUUUGAGUCGGUAUAAUAUUUUUUAAGAUGUAUUUCAACACCGAGGAGGAAAUGGUCCUAAAGUAAAUUUAUAAUAAGUAAUAAAUGUGCACCUGGAAGUAAAGUAUUUACAGCAUUUUAAUCCCUAUUUAUGCCGUGCAUCUCAAACCAAGGAGGAAACACUGAGAAGACAAAAGUACCUCCGAGACCCCGAGAACUCCCCCACACCAGCAUGAAUGAAACCGUGUCCAAUACAAUAACUGGAUUAUAAUUUUUGGUGUUAUUAAUUUUAUUAUUAUUGGCUGCUUUACUUUUUUGGGUUCAUCCUGCUCCUCUUCUUCCUCUCUCCCUUCCUCUUGCUGCUUCCUCGUGGGAAUUAUGGCUCAUCCGGGGAGAAGAGGCUACGAUAACCGGGAGAUAGUGCUGAAGUACAUCCACUAUAAACUCUCUCAGAGGGGAUACGACUGGCCUGCCAGCGAGGACAGGGCAUCCCUGCCUCCAGGUCUCUCUGCUCCUGCUGCUGCUGCGGUUGCUGCUGCUGCUGGGACUUCCUCUGAUCACACUGGGCUGGUGUCUCCGCACCCCGAGCCCCCCGGCUCGGCUGCUGCUAGCCACGCGCCCCCGGCCGAGGGGCUGCGCCCCGCACCCCAGGUCGUGCACCUCGUCCUGCGCCAGGCGGGGGAUGAGUUCUCCCGACGCUACCAGAGGGACUUUGCCCAAAUGUCUGGCCAGCUGCACCUGACGCCCUUCACGGCCAGGAGCCGCUUCGUGGCGGUGGUGGAGGAGCUCUUCCGAGAUGGGGUUAACUGGGGCAGAAUUGUGGCCUUCUUCGAGUUUGGCGGUGUGAUGUGUGUGGAGAGCGUCAACCGGGAGAUGUCUCACCUCGUGGACAGCAUCGCCGCCUGGAUGACUGAGUACCUGAACCGGCAGCUGCACAACUGGAUCCAGGACAACGGAGGCUGGGAUGCCUUUGUGGAGUUGUAUGGCAACAGUAUGAGGCCUUUGUUCGAUUUCUCCUGGAUCUCUCUGAAGACUAUCCUAAGUCUGGUUCUGGUGGGAGCUUGCAUCACUCUUGGCGCUUAUCUCGGACAUAAGUAGAGUCACCCAGUUUAUUGUGGAUUACAAAAGUCUUUCAAAACAACAAAAUAAUAUUUUUUUUUCUGUAGCACAAUAUUUUAUGAGCAAAGCAACUUCCCAGCGAAAGAUUAAAUCAGCUAUUACUGCCAAAGGAAAUAUCAUUUAUUUUUACAUUGCCGGAAAAUUAUUUAUUAAAAGAUAUUUACAUUUUAACCUGCUAUUUUCAGAACCUCAGCAAGUUGUAUCUGUCAUCACAUCAUGUUGUUAUUCUUAACUUUAAUGAGCCCCAGAGUAUUUUACGUUCCUUUUUUUUUUAAUUAAUGCCGCUGGCUGGAUUAUUUUAUCUCUGAAGAGCGAAUAUACUGACAAAGACCUACCUGCUUACACUUACAAGGGCAGUUACUUGAGCUGCUAAAAACUGCCAAAUUGUGUUGAAUUUCCUAGCAUUUUCCAAGAGGGAUCUAAAAGACAAGGUCAGCAUGAACAAAGUUCUCACCCUGUCCUGCUGGCAAGAACUGAUGUAGUAAACAAUUCAGCAUGGUACAUAUGUGGAGUCAAGACAGAAACUUCUUGAAGGACACUCUGCUAUCCCUACAGGAGAACAGUUGGAAAUAUGAUUGCCUAUGCCUUUUAAACACGUGUUUUCAAGUUACCAGCUGUGCCAUCACAUCAUAAUCACAAUACCCACACAAUACAUGUCACCUUUUUUUUUAAUAGAAGUGUGAAGUUAAAUCUUUGGGGCUCGCAGGAAAUUGCUGUUCCAAUGAUUUUCUCAGCAGCAAAAUGUUUUUUGUGGCUAUUGACACAGAAACAUCAGGAGACCUUAAGUGCCUGCUUCAACAGAGCAGAGCUGGAGUCUGAAGACCUGACCUGUGUCCCACUUUAGUGGGCUCAUAUCUGCAACUAAUCCUGCUUACUUACAGAGUUCCUCCAGGGUUUUGAAACCAAUUAGAUGUGGUCUCUAAAUCCCUGAAAGUUGAAAAAGAUCUUAAUUUUAUUUGGCAAAAAGCAGACCUCAGCUAAGUUACAGAUUAGCUCUGACUAUCCUUGUUUAUCAAACUGGACACCAAAAUGAAGUUCAUACUCAUAACAGGAAAGGAAAGUGAGAUUUAUCAUCCUGCCCCUCGCCCUCAAAAUAUUUUCAUGCAAAUAGUCUCCUAAGACUUUCUACAGAAGCAAAGUUGAUGAAGAAACUCAAAAUCCUAUCUCUGGACAGAGACUCUUUGACACCUCUCUUGUGCAGGUGCCUACUGUCAUCUCAAGUGAAAAUAGGGUGAAGGAAAAGGGGGAGUGGGAGGCGUGAAGUCAUCUGCUCCUGUUACAAAAUGCCAUGCAUGUGAAAUUAAUGCAGAGUACACAACACAGUUUUAUAAACAGACCUGUGUUCAAAGCGGGGCUUUCCGUGAGCUCGACGGGGGCCAGGAGUCCCCUGGAAACCGAAGACUCUGAAGCGUCGAGUCCCAGGGGCUGCUCUGAGGCAUGGAAAUGUCCAGCUUCAAAUGUUUUAAAUCCUGCGCUUCUAUUUUUUCUAUGAAGCCUUCGAAAUCUGGGAUUUGUGGGUAAAUGGAUGUCCAGAUAUAAAAGGAAAGUUUGCAAAGCUCUGGAUAAAAUGUACCAUACAAUACAUAAGUGCUCAAAGGGUGAAAAACACACAGUGAAUAAACUGUAGCUCCAAAGCUCCAACCUCAAGAUUUCAGCUGAAUAACUUUGUGGCAUUAUAUGCAAAAUAUCUCCAGUAACUCGGGAAUGUAAUAUGUUCAAUGUUAAGGCUGUAGUUGAUAUUGUGUCUUCAAAGCUGCUUUUAUGUUUGGUUGGUUUUUUUAAGAGUUGUACAUCUCAGCAUUUUUACUGCUAUUUAGUCGUGGCACCUACACUUUGUAUGAGCAAAGAUGGGGCAAGCUUACAUUUCAGAUUUGAAAUUACUUAAUUUUAUAGAAACGUAGAAAGGAAAUAUUUCUAAGAAGACAAAAAUGUGAACUAUGCUUGAUUAAAGGAAAAGGAAAAAUCCUAUCGUCAGACAAAUAGUACCUGUAGUGCUUUCAGACUGCUUCUCUAAGAAGUGGGCAUGGUCAUGUAGGGGUUUUGUGAAAAAUAUUUCAAAUCAGAGGAAAUGAGGAGUAUUGUGGAUUGAGUGUGGGCUUUGUUUUUUAUCUCAGCUUACAAACUGAAUUAGUUUGCAGCCAAUUGCACAAUUGGAAUUGGCUGCUAUUGAGCUUAUGUUUCAUUUCACAAUCUAGUCUUCGUUUCAAUUUGUGCCCAUAUGCCCAUUAAAGUUUAUGAACUAUUAGACCUCAAAUUGUUUCAACAUUGUUUGUUUUAUUAAAGGUUUACAUUGUCAAAAGUAAAAAAUAUCAAUUCCAGUGCUGCUAUAAUACCAGGAUAAUUUGAAUGGGGUUUUGGUUUUUAAUACCUUCCAAUGGCUAAAGUUUUUUAAAGCUGCUUUAGAAAUAAUAUGAAGAUGACACAUGAUACACAAUUAAAUGAAUACUGAGGAUUUUGUGUUCUGUUGUGUCUACUCACUGGACUUCCCAGUGUAUUUGUUAGUACCAGGCAAAGAGAAGAGUCAUGAUGACUGUUGAUGAUUUUAUUUUAUUAAAGAGCUGAUGGAGUUUUCCCAUCCUGACUGCAGAAUAGUACAGUAUUGUGGCUGCAUUAGGUAUAAUUAUAGUUGAUAAUACAUUUAUUAAGAAAACAUUUAGAAACAUUGAAUGUAUAUAAAAGCUUGAACUUCUUAAAUAAAAUCCUCUCUUCUCACUCCUGCAUUUCUUUUGCAAUAAUUCCUGUCUUUCCUACUCUUCAUUACACUUCCAUGUAAGAUUUUUUUUUCUCCACAAAAUGCCUUACAGACUUCCAUGCUCAAAGACUAUGUUUCAGUGAAAACCCAUCCUCUGUCACUGUGUGUGCACAGAUAUCUGACCACUCCCACCAUAUCCAAAUUGUAGAAGAAAAAAGCAAAAGAAAAGGAAAAAAAAAUUAAAAAGAGGGACACUUCUGAAGUGUUUAGGUGUAGAGAAUCAGAGGUCAAAAGGGAAGGAAGAGGUCAGAAGUGGAGGGAAAUAAAGAGAUCACUGAAACAUCUCCCUGCUGAUGAGUGCUACCUGGAAUUUGUUUCUCUUUCAUCCUUUCCAUUGAAAAAGGAUGAUAUAAGAGCAGAGAAAAAGCUUGCAGAGACCCCACAAUUAUUUUUCACUAUAGAACUUUGUUAAUACUUUUUUAAAACAGCAAAUGCAUAGGCAUCAAAAAGAAGUACUGGGUUUUGCUAUAUUCAGCUUAGGUGUCCUUAAUUCUUUUUCACUCUAUUUUUUAAAAAAAUAAUGAAGAAAAAUAUUUUCCUUCUGAAAAAAUAAUCUGUAGGCUCACCUGAGAUCUGUCAUAAAUCAGUAACUUAGAAACAGAUGAAAAAAUUGUGCAAAAGUAUUCUGAAAUUAGAGGUGAUGCAGAGGACAUUUCAUAAUGGAACAAGCACUGGAUCCACCAAAGGACUAAUGGGGCUGUUGAGGUAACAGGGAUAUAUAUAGAGAGAUGAGAAAGGGAGCUGGAAGAUACGGAGAAUGACAUUGGUAUGUAAGAAAAUCUUCAGUUUCACAUGUUGCAGGAGUUCACUCAAGAUGGUCUGAAAAUAACUGUUAACUAAAAGCAGCUACAAAUGUGUGCAUUACAUGGCUACGAUUACUAAAAAUCUGCAAUUACAAAAUUACUGGUAAAUUAUUAUAAAAUUAUCUAGUCUGUUAAAGUUCAUCAGUUUGCUGUUAUGAUUGGGGAUUAUAUAGCCUGAGUAGUUUUGCACUAAGAAGGAGCAAUUAUGAAGAAAGAAGUCUGAAACCAGAUGUGCGAAGGUAACACGAAGGUGAUGCAGUUCAAAGAACACGGUCCUAGUCCCCCCAGUCCACACAGUCUCCCCAGCUGAGGCAGCGAGAGUCUGGACUGCAUGCUUUGACCCUGAAGCAUGACACUGCUUAGCUGUGCACCUGCACUUCACAAACCUAUUGAUUAAAAGUAUCGUGAAGUAGCAUGUUUAAAGCCUUUCUUCUUUUUCCUCUAUCUCUGAACAAACUAGCAAAAUGAUUUAUUUCUAUUACGAGGUUAUGGCUCAGUACUAUAUGAAAAAGUAUACAUAUUUUAAUUUAUGGGUAUAAAAAUUCUUUCUCAUUGCAAAAGCCCAGCUUUAUUUGUCAUUCAUAUCUCUCUUUCCAACAAGGCUAAAUGCAAGGUAGACAAAGGAGCUAAUUUAAUCUGUAUUUGGUUUCAAUCACACUUCUAUACUAAGUUAAUGCAGCUUCAUCACACAAUGAAAUUAUCUUCAAAAAGUAAUACAGCAUUAAGAGUUCCACACAAAAACUAUAUAUUUUUAUAAUUUAAAUAGCAGUUUUUUUCCUUUUCUUCUGAAUAUUUGAAUUUUAAUUAUCACCAGCAUAAAUGUACAUAAGCAGAUAUUGUUUAUCCAGUACCUUUGGAUGAUGUAUGUAUGGUUAUGUAGUUUGUCAGUUUAUCAUCAUUUAAUAUGAUUAUGUUGUUCUUUGUCUUUAAAAUGUUAUAAGAACAUGCUGCCAUUAAACUUUCCAUGUCUGUCUAGUUUAUAUUGUGAAAAAAUAAUAAAAGCACACUGUGAGAUACU